GAAGGUUUUCGGGAGUCGUUUAGCGAGCGAGCGGAUUUCAGCACGCGAGUUCCAUGAAGCGCGCUGCGCACAAGGAGAGGAUCUGAAGCCACUGCUCGCCGGUGGACAGAGGAGACACCUUAAACUGUUCUCCUAACUCACAAAAUGAAGCUUUGGUUUUGGGUUUUUACUGUUGUCUUGUCUCUGGACUCUACACACGCAGGUUCGAAGACUCAGGAACCAUGCGGAGGGCGUGACUGUAAUGGAAGAUGUCCGUGUCCUCCAAUAAAAGGUGGCAGGGGUCAGCCUGGGCCUUUAGGACCACCUGGUCCCACUGGAUCUGAUGGGCCUAUUGGGGCCUCAGGGCCUGUGGGACCUAAAGGAGAAAGAGGGCAUGGUGGUUAUGCAGGACCAUCUGGACCCAAGGGGGACAAGGGUCCAGGUGGUGUUCCCGGUUUUCCAGGUAUCAAUGGUAUUCCUGGUCAUCCAGGCCAGGACGGAUCACCGGGACUGCCAGGGGCAGACGGCUGUAAUGGCACACAAGGUGACCCUGGUUUCCCUGCCGGCUUACCUGGGAGACCUGGCAGCCCUGGACUUCAGGGGUUACGUGGUGUCAAAGGUCAAAAAGGAGAACCACGAUUCGUUCCUACUGUCUCGGUUGUCAUUGGUCCUGUUGGUGAACGUGGUUAUCCUGGUCCAGUUGGUCUCCCGGGUCCCAUCGGCCCCAUCGGUCUACCUGGUUUUCCUGGGCGUCCAGGUCGUCCAGGUCCACCUGGGCCAGAUGGAAACCCUGGUCAGGGUUACGAAGGAGAGAAAGGAGAGAAGGGUGAUGCAGGUCAGCCAGGACUAAGGGGUGCUCCAGCCGCUUUGUUAGUCUCACCAGCUAUAAGCACAAUCAGCAAAGGAGAGAAGGGUGAUAUUGGCAAUCGUGGUGAUCAAGGACAUACAGGACCACAAGGACCUCCAGGCCCAUAUGGCUACACGGGUGAAACUGGAGAGAAGGGGAUUCCUGGCUUACCUGGUUUAAGGGGUCCUCCUGGUUUUAAUGGACCACUUGGAGAAGAUGGCCAAAAGGGAUAUCGCGGGAACCCUGGUCUCUAUGGAUUACCAGGCCAUCCAGGCCCAAAAGGUUAUAGAGGAGAUCCAGGACCACGAGGGGAAACUAUCUAUAUUGAUAACCAAGAUUUCUUUGAACGAGGUCCACCAGGUGAUCCUGGUUUUGAUGGCCCUCCAGGCCUGGUUGGAGAUGAAGGUUUACCAGGACCUCCUGGACAGCCAGGUGACCCUGGAACAUCAUCCUUUGAACUAGGUUUUACAGGCCAUCCUGGGUUCCCUGGGUCUAUUGGAGUUAAGGGAGAAAAGGGAGACCCAGGUCUUCCAAGCUUCAGUCCUGGUGGUUUGCCUGGAAACAGAGGUCCAACUGGACCUCCAGGUCCACCUGGACCUCGAGGAAUAACUCAAAGACCUGUGUUUCCUGACAACCAGCCUGGACCACCAGGUGUAAAGGGCCAAAGAGGUCAACUGGGAGAGAAGGGUGCUAAAGGAAGCAGAGGUGACCUUGGAAGUUGUAAUUGCCAAGGUGUAGAAAACUCUGGCAGCGAGGGCCCUCAGGGAUUUCCAGGGAGUCCAGGUUUCCCAGGGCUAAAUGGGCGGAAAGGAGAAGCUGGUGACCCAGGACCUCCAGGACACAAUGGUCCACAGGGACCCAAUGGACGGCUUGGAGAACCUGGCUUUACUGGGUAUAAAGGAGAGAAAGGAAACCCUUAUUAUGUAACGGGACGAGGACUGAAGGGUGGCAUUGGCCAACAAGGGCUUGCUGGUCCUACGGGUGACAUGGGUCAACCGGGAAGAAGUGGAUCCCCUGGUUUACCCGGACCACCAGGACCACCUGGAGAUGCUGGUUGGGGGGUGAUUGGAGACAAAGGCUUUCCUGGAGCUCCUGGACGGAAGGGCUACCCUGGGGCACCUGGUGAACCAGGCAUUGGCUACCCAGGCAUGGCUGGUGUUAAAGGGUUUCCAGGUGAUCCUGGUUUCCGUGGGCCUCCAGGGCAGCCUGGACCUCCAGGACCACCAGGUGACAGCUGUGGGCAGGCGAGGCUUAAUGAAGCCUCUUUCACAAAGGGAGGACAGUCACUGCCCUGCAUAAUUACGGGAGAAACAGGGGAGAGAGGUUCAUGGGGAAUGACUGGAUCUAAAGGACAAAAAGGACAGCCAGGUCCACCAGGACUAAGUGGAUCACCAGGUUUUGAUGGGCCAAAAGGUGAGAGAGGAGAUCCAGGGAUCGGAGGUCAACCCGGAGCCCAAGGCUUCUCCGGGCCAAGAGGUGAUCCAGGUUUACCAGGUACAACACAUGAUGGUCUUCCAGGUGCUCCAGGAAAAGAUGGCCGUCCUGGGUUGCAAGGAGCAAAAGGAGAACGUGGUGAAAUUUUAGGGGCUGCUCCAGGAAUACCCGGACGUCCAGGACAAGCAGGAGCACCUGGAGACAAGGGCCAACCAGGCACUCCCGGAUUAUCGGGUGCAGUUGGUUUUGAUGGACGUAGUGGUAACCCAGGUAUAAAGGGUGAGCGUGGUCCCAGUGGCUUACAAGGACCUCCAGGGCAGCCAGGUCCACGGGGUGUGAGCCUUUCUGAUAUCGAAGGACCUCAAGGUCCACCUGGUAAUCCUGGAUUCCCUGGACCUGCAGGUGUUCCAGGCUACAAGGGUACAAAAGGAGAACCAGGUCGCCAAGGCCUGGGUAGAAAGGGUUCUUUAGGGCGACCUGGAAUGCCCGGACUACCAGGACAAAGGGGACGUCCUGGAGAUAGUAUUCCAGGACGUAAUGGCCAAUUAGGAAGGCCAGGAGCAAAAGGGGAGAAGGGAUUUCCUGGAUUAGUGGGAUUCCCUGGAUCACCCGGGCGUUUUGGAGGCAAUGGACAACCAGGGGGUAAAGGACAGUCUGGAACCCCGGGAUUUGAUGGCAACCUUGGAUUAAAUGGCCCGCGUGGCGUUAAAGGGGAUCAUGGAGAACCAGGCCCAGUAGGGCCUCCCGCUCCACCUAUUUCACUUCAUCAGAAAGGGGACCGAGGUGCUCCUGGAGCUACUGGACUGCCUGGUUUUCCAGGCCCGAGAGGUGAUAAGGGAACCCCAGGUUUACCUGGUCAACCAGGCUUUCCUGGUCAGCCAGGAUUCGCUGACCAAGCUAAAGGUCUACCUGGUGAUCCAGGUUUCCAAGGACGCCCAGGUUCCUCAGGAUUUGCAGGACCUAAAGGGUCACCAGGGGUUAUAGGUUUCCCGGGCAUGCCUGGACCUAGGGGUGAUGAUGGAAUUCCUGGUUUGUUUGGCUCACCUGGCACUUCAGGAUUGCCUGGUAACAAAGGGGAGAAAGGAGACUCCAGUGGAGUACCUGGGGCCCCUGGACGAAGGGGACUCGUGGGAGAUUCUGGAUUCCCUGGUAUCUCAGGCCUUGAUGGUGCUCAAGGUUCUCAGGGUUUUCCAGGAGGGUUUGGAUAUACUGGGCAGAAAGGUCUACCUGGCGAUCCAGGAAGGACAGGGCCAGGAGGUUCACCUGGGUCCCAGGGCAGUAGAGGUCUCCCUGGCUUUCCAGGUCAGAGAGGACAGGAUGGUGAAUCGGGUUUUCCUGGAUCUCCAGGUCGACCAGGAGAGAAAGGUUUAUCUGGAUUCCCUGGUUUAGAUGGACUUAAUGGACUUUUAGGACCCAAAGGUCAACCAGGCGUACCUGGUGUAGUGGAGGGCGGUCAGACUGGAGCUCCUGGUUUAAAAGGUUUAAAGGGAGAGAGAGGCUCAUCAUUGCCCGGAGCACCAGGAUUUCCAGGAGUAAAGGGAGCCAGGGGAGAUGUUGGUUACCCUGGACAGCCAGGCUUUCCAGGUCCUCCAGGUCCUCGUGGGGGACCAUCCACUUCUGCUGAUGUCCGUGGUCCUCCAGGAGAUGUUGGUCUUCCUGGACUAGAUGGUGAAAGGGGCCUUCCUGGACCCCUUGGUCCUCGUGGUCCGUCUGGGCCUGGAACAGACCAGGGUGAUAGAGGAGAUCCUGGAUUUCCUGGAUCACCUGGAAUCUCUGGGAAACGUGGUGAUCCUGGAUUUCCAGGAGGACGUGGGCCACCUGGCAACCCAGGAUUUAAAGGACAGAGAGGAGACCCUGGAAACCGUGGACUACCAGGACGGCCAGGAUUUCCUGGAGAUCAGGGAGGCUAUGGUAACAAAGGAGCAAAAGGAAGGAUGGGUAAUGUUGGUAGGAAAGGACUUCCAGGAAUUGUUGUCCCACCAAAGCUAGAUGAAUUGCCAACUGGCAGUCCUGGUCCACAGGGAGACACUGGCCCCACUGGCUAUACAGGAACACGAGGACGACCUGGCUUCCCUGGACGUCAAGGCCCCAAAGGAAAAAUUGGAUCAAUAGGCAAACCUGGGCGCACUGGUCCAGCUGGACCUUCCGGGCCCACUGGAGACCCUGGAUUUCCAGGAUAUCAAGGACCUGUUGGUACCAUAGGUUUUCCUGGUAGGCAAGGUCAGCCAGGUCCUUCAGGUCUGCCUGGACGUGCCACUGGGAUUGGCUACACGCUGGUGAAGCACAGCCAGUCCACCCAGGUGCCGAUGUGUCCUCAAGGCAUGGACAAGUUGUGGGAUGGCUACAGCUUGCUUUAUGUAGAAGGACAGGAGAAGGCUCAUAAUCAAGAUCUGGGAUUGGCUGGUUCCUGUCUACCUCGUUUCAACACUAUUCCCUUUCUUUACUGCACAACCAAUGAACUAUGUUACUACGCCAGCCGCAAUGACAAGUCCUACUGGCUGUCCACAACAGCACCCAUUCCCAUGAUGCCUGUGGCCGAUGAGCAGAUCAAUCAGUACAUCAGCCGUUGUUCAGUGUGCGAAGCCCCAUCUCAAGCUGUGGCUGUCCACAGCCAAGAUAUCACUAUUCCAACCUGUCCACAUGGGUGGAGGAGUCUGUGGAUUGGUUACUCUUUCCUCAUGCACACGGCAGCAGGGGGAGAGGGAGGUGGCCAGUCCCUUGUUUCUCCUGGAUCGUGUUUAGAAGACUUCCGUGCAACACCUUUUAUCGAAUGCAACGGUGCUCGGGGCACCUGCUUCUUCUUCAAUAACAAACAUAGCUUCUGGCUAACCACUGUGCAACAGGAGAGGCAGUUUACACAAAGUCCUGAUUCAGAGACCCUGAAGGGAGGUCAGUACCGUGGCCGCAUCAGCCGCUGCCAAGUCUGCAUGAAGAUCCUGUAGCCCUGUGCACACUCCAGGAAAGAAGAGGGGACUUUUAGCAGAAUGAAUAAAGAACUAAAAUGAACAAAGCAGCGAAUGAAUGACAGACUUUAUGAGACCCUCUCUUUGUGGUGUUUUUUGGAGCCUAUGACAAGUCCAUGAUUUACGGGGGCAAAGAGCUCUGAGUCUUUUUUUUCACUUAUUUCACUUAUAAACAUUGGUGCUACAAGAAAAUGCAUUGUUUUAUUUUUAUUUGAAAUAUUCAUUGUUUGUCUUACAUAUUCACGGCUACCUCGGAGAGUGUGUCCCAAAUUCCCGAUGGGAAGCACUAAAACAUUAAUGUGAGACUGCAAGCAUUUUGUAACACAAGCCAAAAAUCUUCUGGUUCACACGGUCAAAAGUGCACUAGUCUGAAUCAGUGAUGAAAAUGAUGCCAUUUGGGGGGGAAGAGUUUUCUGCCUUAUAAAACAAAUGAUAAUAUGCCAAAUUAGCACUUUUUAUACUGGUAAACACGAAUGAGGAAGAUUGUGGCUUGUGGUUAUCACUUGAAAUUACAAUCCUGCUACCCCCCCCCCCCCCCCCCACGCAUGUAUCCAUAAAAUAUUGCACUGAACUAAAUAUCAGGGGGGAAAAAACAACAUAAUCGUAUUAGCAACUGCUGAAAAUUAACAUUCCACUUGCAAAAUAUCUCAAUUAAUUCUAAAAAAAAAAAAGUCUCACAUCAUCAAACACUAAUUAAUAGACUCACUACACACAUAUGAACUAAAUCUGUUUCAUCCUCAUAAUCACCUUUACUACUAUGUAGCCUACAAGGAGAUAUUCAGCUGAGCAUCAGUGCAUUAGAUAUUUACUGCUUUCCACAUCCAGAAGAAUACAGUACAGUAUGUACAGUCACAGGAAAUGUCUGUAAUCACUGCUGUUAUAAUAUAGUCUUUCUACAGCAUGUUUGCAAAGUCCUUUAAUAUGUAACCACUACAUUCGCUAGCUUAUUUAGCUCUCUUUGUAGCCUUUCAGUAUGGUUUUAUCUGUGAUGUGUGUAAACCAUUAAAUUGCUGUUUCAUCCUAUUGUAGAAAAAACUAUUAAGUAAAUUGAAAAACAAGGGUAUAUGAUUUGUACAUUAAGGAUGGCUUAUAAGGCAUAUAUUACUUUAUGUUCAUAUUAUAACAGUAUUUGUAUUUUUCUUACGCUGAUUCAUAUGUAAUUAAAUAAAUAAAUGUUCCACUACAUACAUUUAGGUCUGUCACAUAGUUGGAUUUCCAGUAUUAGUGUUGAUACAGAGAUUUUUUUCCUACCAAAGCUGUUUUAGUGUGUAAGUGUGCUCUUUAAUAAAUAGUGUUGAAACUAAAUAAUA